GCCAUGGAAGAGCUAUCCCCCGGCAACGCUGGCGUUGACGAGAUCGAGACAGCCUCGAUCACCUCCACCAUCGAGACUGAGAUUGACUCGGAGGAAGAAUGGACUGUUUCAUCUGUUCUCGCCGAACAUGAAGAUGGUGGAAAGUUGUAUUACCUCAUCAGAUGGGAAGGAUAUGAGCUAUUUGACGCAUCCUGGGAACCAGAGGAAAACCUCAGCGCGAGUCUUCUCACUCACUGGCAAGAGACCAAGCAGCAAGACGACCAUGAACGAAAGUCAAACCGCAACAUCGGUGCGUGGAGAAAGGCUUCAAUAGAGAGGUUCAGGUCCAAGCUGGCUCGGCACGAGGAACGAAAUCGUAAACGUCUCGAGAGAGGCCUCGAGCCUACGGUGUAUCCGACCACCUUUGAGGAGCACAUCGAAGCGCUCAAUCUUUGGCCAAUAGGCGAGGAUCCUGACGAUUCAUCGACACCGAGUUCACCUGAGCAAAAAGCCGAUAUCAAGACCGACGAUCAACCCCCUCCUUCACCUCCCGAGGUGGGCCAAACGGUCACGACAGCACAACCAGACAAAGAUGACGCAGAUGAUUCCCCAAAAAGAGGUCGCCCAAAGCGCACAGCUCCUGCUCGAGAGAAGUCACCUGAACAAGCUGAGCCUGUUUCACCUCCGGCAACAAAAAAGGAUACGCCUCGACGAGCUUCAGGAGAUGGUUCAAGGAAACCUGAUGGACCACGUCGACAAGUCGUCCGUCCAUUAAGUGGUCUGACCAGCAAAUUUGGUCGUCCAAACCCGCCUCGGCGCACCAGUUCCGAGACAAAUGGCAAGGAAGUAGUCAUCCGCAAGGCCCAGGCACCCGACGCCUUCACUGGCAAUGUGUUUUCAGGCGGGAAAGUGAGAAAGCAGCGGACCACUCUGGCCGAGGCUGUUGAAGACCCAACAAAACAACCAAAGAUGCUCAAGCAUCGCUUUACAAGAAUACUCGAAAAAAGAAGUCGCGACAAAGACGGCGUAGUGGCACCGCCAAAACCAGCUGUUCUCUAUUCCCUCAAUCCCAGAGAGAAAAGGCGGUCCUCUCAGAAACAUCCUGUUGAUGAUUCAAACCCGGAUGCCGCUGAGGCAGAGGAGGCAAACUCGGUGGCUCACAAUGGCGACAGUGUUCAACCAGCAGACUCUCCUGCGAGCGACCGGGAGCCUACGAAGCCCAAGAAAAAGAAGAAGUCGAUCAGCUGGGGUCAAGUGGAAGAAACAACCAUUACCCCGGUGGAGGACUUGAUGGAUAUUGCCGAAGAGGACGAAAGUCUUUUCUUCCCAGAUCCCCCCUCAGCUUCAAGAGUCACAAAGAUCGAGGAGCCUGAGAUGUCGAGUGUUGCGUUACCACCAAGCCCUCCAGCGAGACGUGUUCGCUGGGCCGAAGAGUCGCCUGUCACCAGCAACAACGUACACCAGGACCUUUACACCAUUACCAAAGACGUCCAAUUUGGUCCUAGAACUUCAGCGUCAAUUUCUGUCACAUUCAAGGGGCCUCGACCCAAGCCGGGACAGACUUGGUCCUGUGUCCUGGAAAACGAGCCAAAGCUGGCCUUCACACAUUCCUGCAUGUUGAAAGAUUUCCAGGACUGUAUAACCUCCAUUUCUACCGUGGAGCCAGUCAGUGGCGUCGUGACUGCAAAUGACGACCCGUCCAGCCUUGCAUCAAUUUGUAUGCCCGAGUUAAAGUACCUCUUAUUCCGGUCAGCUCCUCAAUGGUUAACAUCACUUGCCCCAAUAUCGAUCCCGGGCGAAAUCACCUCCAGUGAUGUCCUGCCGCGCAUUGGAGCGACGGUGAUGCACCGACUCUUCAACUUCCAUUACGAGCGGCUGCUGCCAGAGAAUGCCCUCAACACACCAACCAAGCAUCACUUCUUCCUCGCCUUCCCGCCACAAGCCGACUUAGAAGUUAUGUUCUUGGGUCGUUGGCUCCGAAGCUGUAACCCUGACUGCAGAAUCUUUACAAGUGUCUUUCCUGGACACUGGCUCACCUUUUUGAAGAUGGAGCAUGGAGUGGUCAUUAUUCCUGAGGAAGCGAUAUGGUCUGUCCGGCUCUUCCCCAACCUACACUUCCUUCUUCAUUCCUCGCCCACACACUUCCAGUUCUGGCUCUUCUCCAAGUCUACACACCCCUCGGCCAUGUUCCCUUCUAGCGACAAUGCAGCUGAGAUUGGGGACAUCAGCCUUCAACCUACAUGCCCUAACCGGAAAGCCAUCAUGGUUACGCCAAGCUUCAUGGUAUCGCAGCCCCAGCAAGUGUGGAACUUCUUCAAAUGGUUCUGGAAGGCCUGGAAGCAUGACAACGACGCAGUCCGACUUGUGGUCUGCGCUAGGUUUGACUCUUGGCUUCGCGACUUGGCCUUUGAAAAGGCCGAAAAGCUGAGCAAGCUGUCGCGCAACUUACAAACUCCCGUCAACAGUCAGGAAGGGGUUGAGGCGCUAAACAAGACCUGGUCCAUGGUUUUGGCCCUCCUCGACGCGGCGAGCGAUGAGCAUUCCCCGUUUGUCUUUGCCCCUGAGUGCAUAGACGGCAACGAUGAACAGAGCUUGGUCAAUUGGUUCGGAUGGUGGUCCAUCAUGAACAUGAAUCGGUUCCGAAAGUUCAGCGUCUUGGGUUCCAGUGAGCCGGACGGUCAAAGGAUGACUCGUUACAUUACACGGCGAAAGUACCUGUCAUCGACAUUUGCCAGCCCAGAUGACGUCUAUUCCCUUCUCGACCAGAAGGAUUCAGUGAUAGCCUCAUCAUCUACCCAGCCCUCUACCGGCCAGCCCAGCGCGCAAUUGCAGCUCAUUCCUAGCGACGAUGCCCACUCUUUCAAGACAUUUCUGGCAAAGCUUGAUGACAAGACUAAGGAGUCUGGUUGGAGCCCACACAUCAUCUACAAGUUUCCAAUCUCAUACUGGGACUCGGCCAUGGCCUUUGAUUUUGCUGAUUAUCACAACGCCUUUGACCCCUACGGGAAGUGCAUGAGGUUUAUCCGCGACUUUAUUUUGGAGUCUGCACACAGGUUCCAUAACACUGCCAUGGCUUUAUUCUACACGAUAGAUGGAACUUGGGACGCCAAGAGAGAUCCAAGGGUCAUUGGGAAGACUCGUCGGCCCUGGAUCAUGGUGUACCGGCCUGUCGAACCGCACAAGAAGCCAUGGAAAACUGCUGAGUUACUCAUCUGGGAUCCUACGAGGAAGGGAAACCUUGCUGACAAGGACCGACCGGAUAUCUAUGAGGGAGAUCUUAUUCAAGCACAGCGUGAGUUGAUAAAUGCCGUGCAAACAGAACUCACUCCAAUACUACCGUUGGAAAAGGUUUGGGUCGCAGGUCUCAACAGCAAGCCUCCAGGCUUGACCGAACUGGUCGACAUUGCCGUUGACCAAUUCAAGACAUUCGUGGACAAGCUCAAGACGUACGUCCCGGCUCCAUACCACUCAAUGUCAGCUAGGGGGUGGAGGCUUAUUAAGGCUGGGGACGCGCCUGUUGGCGCUCGAACCCUUUCUCCAGAACCAAUGGAUAUUGAUGAGCGAGAAGAACUAAUCGACGAGGACCCUGAGGAUGGGUUACUUACAGUCUUCCACCCUCCUCGUGGGAAGCCAAUGAGAAGGCCUACGAAUUGCAACAAUCGUCUCUACCAGCAAGUCACCAAAGGAACCAAGCAAGAUAGGAUCGAGUUCAAGUUUCGUCCAACAAUGGAGUGGUACCACGAGCAGGUGGAGGAGGGGCGUGGCUUUGAGCAACUUCAGGUUACACCGUGGGAGGCAGUUUUUAACAAGUACAAGAUCGACGACCCUAAGAAGGCCUGA